AUGUCUUAUGACCGAAGUUGGAUCACUCGACGAAUAAUUCCCGGUGGUUAUGGUUUUACGGAUGAAUAUAAUGAGGGGGUUAAAUAUUUUUUGGCAUUUGCGAGAAGCAAUUCUACAAAACCUCAUGAUCCAAAUCUUCUUAUUAGAUGUCCUUGCAAUACAUGUAGAAAUCAAUUACAUCAACUAAUUCCCGAUGUCGAGUUUCACUUAAUUGCAACCGGUUUUCUCGAGAGUUAUACCACAUGGCAUUAUCAUGGCGAAGCUAGCGGGUCGAGAAAUGAACAAGUGAAUGAUCAAGAAGAUGUGUAUGAUGAAUAUGAGAUGUUGAGGGAUGCUUUUGGGCCGGAAGCUUUGGAAGUAGAAAAUAACAUUUCCGAGGACCCGAACGAGCAAGCAACUAAAUUUCUAGAUAAUGUAAACAAUGUUGGGGAGCCCAUAUAUCCGGGCAAUAUAAAGUACACACAAUUGAAGUUUAUUUCGAGAUUACUACAUUGGAAGAGUCGCAACCAAUGUAGUGAUAAAGCCUUUGAUGAGUUGCUCCUUUUACUUGGGGACGUGUUUCCGGAGGGGCAUAAGCUCCCUUCCAAUUAUUAUGUUGUCAAGAAGAUAGUUAAGAAGCUGAGUUUGGGGUAUGAAAAAAUACAUGCAUGUGAGAAUGAUUGUAUGUUGUUUUAUGGUGAUGAUAAGGAUUUGGAAAAUUGUAAGUAUUGUAAUCUGAGUCGAUACAAAGCUGCAACACAUGCUGGGAACAAUACUAUUCCGAGGAAGGUAUUAAGAUAUUUUAAAAUCACUCCUCGAUUGCAGCGUUUGUACAUGUCUACCCGCACUGCUGAGCAUAUGAAAUAUCACAAGUACAGAACUGUGGAUGAAGGGGUUCUUAGUCAUCCUGCAGAUGGAAAAGAAUGGAAAGAAUUUGACAAAAUGUAUCCUGAUUUUGCAGCAGAUUUUCGUAAUGUCAGACUUGGUCUUGCAACUGAUGGAUUUCCCCCGUACAGUAAUGCUAGAUCUACAGAUCCAUAUAUGUUCAUGACACUGCUAGUACCUGGGCCAAAUGAUCCUGGAAAGAAUCUAAAUGUUUAUCUUAGACCAUUGAUUGAUGAGUUGAUUGAUUUAUGGCAGGUUGGUGUACGUAGAUUUGAUGCUUCUACAAAGACUAAUUUUAUGAUGCGAGCAACUUUGUUGUGGACUAUCAGUGACUUUCCAGGGUUGGGAAUGGUUAGUGGGUGGUCAACCCAUGGAAAGAUGGCUUGUCAUGUGUGUAUGGGUGAAGUUAAAGCUAAGCAACUACCGCAUAGUAGGAAAUCCAGUUUUUAUGGAUUGCAUAAGGGAUUCUUAGAAAAGCGCAGAAGAAAGAAAGGUUUUUUCAUUCGUGACAUGUGUGCAAGUAUAACUUUUCCACAACCUGGGAAGCCACACAGCAAGGAAAGGGCACAUGGAUUUGGUGAUUCACACAACUGGACACAUGUCACUAGCUUCUUUGACCUGCCAUAUUGGGAUUCUUUGCGUUUGCGGCAUUGUAUUGAUGUCAUGCAUACAGAGAAAAAUGUCUUUGAUAACAUUUUCCACACUAUUCUUGAUAGUGUCAAAACAAAGGAUACUAUAAGAUCAAGAAUGGAUUUGCAAGCAAUGGGUAUCAUGCGCGAGUUAUGGCUUAACGGUACACGUAAGCCAAAAGCUAAAUACAACCUCACCCGAGAUCAGUUGAAAUUACUAUGUAAAUGGGUGCAUAGAUUGAAACUCCCAGAUGGUUGUUCGUCAAACUUGAAGAGAUGUUGUAAGAUAUCUCAAUUGAAAUUUCAAGGCAUGAAGUCACAUGAUUGUCACGUAUUUAUGCAGAAUUUGUUGCCUUCAGCUUUUCGUGAACUUCUUCCAGAUGAUGUGAACAAACUACUUUAUGACUUGUCAAAUUUUUUCAAAGACUUGUGCUCAACCACACUUCUUGCAUCAGAUUUGAGGAAAAUGGAAAGAAACAUAGUUGGGAUUGUUUGUACGGAGACUAUAUUCCCUCCGGCUCUUUUUGAUCCAAUGGAGCAUCUUUUUGGUCAUUUAGUUGAGGAGUGUAUACUCGGCGGCCCCGUCCCAUCCCGAUGGAUGUAUAAUAUUGAAAGACUACAAUGCCGAAUGAAGCAAAAAGUGGGGAACAAAGCACGCGUUGAAGGAUCCAUUGCAGAAAAAUACAUAUAUGAGGAGCUCACACAUUUUUGUUCUAUGUACUUUGAGUCUGAAGUUGACACAGUGCACAACAUGUUAGGGAGGAAUAUGGUUCAUGAUCGUUCACGGGAUCCAGAAAAACUAUUAGCCUUCACAUAUCCGGUAGAGCUUUUGGGAGCUUAUAAAGGUUAUCAUUUAGAUAUGGAUUCCUUGCGCGUUGCAGCACAUUACAUCCUCACUAAUAUGCAUGAAGUGGCACCUUAUAUUACAAUGUUUGAAGAUGAGAUUCGAAGUCAAGGUGCACCAUUGUUGAGUGAUAUAGAUAUGGAUAAAUUGUUAAAGGAUAAUUUUGUCACGUGGUUGCGAAAUAAGGUAUUAGAGGCCUAA